AUGGCCUCAGAGAGAACAGGAAACUCCAAUCUCUUGAAAAAGCCAGAUGUAUGUAAAAUCUGCCGGGACGGAGAAAACCUCCUUUGCUGUGAUACUUGUUCAAGAUUAUUUCACGGGGACUGUCACCUCCCACCUGUGCAGACUGAGAGGAGACCAUGGAGUUGCACCUUCUGCAGGAUAAAGAAGUCUUCAGGAAGUCAGCAGUGUCACAAGGAAUCUGAGGUCCUGGCAAGGCCGAUGGGGCCUGAGGAGCAGCUGAAAUGUGAGUUCCUCCUCUUGGAGAUCUACUGCCAUUCAGACAAUGACUGUUCUGAGAAGAUGUCACAUGAUAAUUAUACACCAGAGAUUUUUGAGUGCAUGAAAAAUCUUAAGAUGUUGAAUGAAAUUGGGAAGAAGCUACGUGAGCAGUGGUACCCCUAA